GGGCUCACUAAGAGACUUACUGACUCAGUAGAGGCGUUGAAGAAGGAGUUGGAUGAGGAGAAGUUCCGUCGUGAUGUCCUAUGUACUGGGGUCAAGCAGCAAAUGGUCAGCAACCAUGAGGAAGUGAGCAAGAGGCAGUUGCGGGUACAAGCGUGGACUAAAGAUUUGAUCGAAUCACUACGGGAGGCAAUAGCGGCAGAGGAAGGGAUGAGGGAGGCAUCACAAGGAUCUAUUAUAAAUAGCAUAUCAGCAUUCCUACAGAGGUUUGAGGAGGAUAUCAGGGAAGAGGCUGGGAUGUCGUGA